AUGGCUGAUAUACAAGCUAUAAGAGCUGAAGUUGUUGUUGGCUGGAUUGUGUUUCUAUUAAUUAUGAAAAAUAUUGUUCUCUUGAUCCUACUAGCAGUUCUUCGUCGGCGAGCUGGUGUUUUUCGAGCACCUGAAGAUGUCGAGCAGUUUCAUGGGCAACAGUAUGUAAACGAGAAUGAUGAUUGGUCUCUUAGUGGUCGUGUUAAUCGUUGCCUUCGAAACGAUGCUGAAUAUGUACCAUAUUUCUUGGUUCUCUAUAUGCUCUUAUUUUGGACAUGGGAAGAAAUAUCGACACCUCCAUAUAUUCAAUAUAAUCAUAUCCUUUCACGUGCUCUCGCUUAUGGUAUAUUGAUGGUAAUCGCUCGAUAUUUACAUAAUCUGUGCUACAUGUUCAAAAUAACAUAUGGCAGAAUUUUGGGUUUUCUCAUAACAGUUUUUGUAUUGAUGGUCAUGUCAAUAGACAUCUGUUACUACUUAACAAAAAAACUUCAUCCAAAACAUUAAAAAUUCUUAGUUUGUUCGACAUAUUUUAAAAAUUUUAUUCAUAAUUUAAAUUUAAAAAUAAAUUUAAAUUAUCAGAAUUUAUAUUUAAAAUAAAUUUAGCUUAAGACAAUUUAAAUUUAUUUUUAAAUGUAAAUUAUGAAAAAAAUAGCCUAAAUUAAUUUUAAAUUUAAAUUACCAAUAAUUUAAUUUACGCAGUAAUUAAAUUGAAAGUAAAUAUAAAUUGACACUCCUACAAGGCCUCUAUUGCAUCCACACUCAUAUAAUAUUUGUUAAUAAUUUUUUUGAAAUCAAAAAGUUGUCGCUAUUUUGGCUUUUCUUUCUUUUUUUACCUUUUUCUUUUCAUCAAAAAAAUUUUAAUUUUGACCACAACAUAUAUUUAUAUAUAUAUUGUGACGAUUUCUGAUGGACGAGAUACCAGUUAAAAGCUACUCUAAGUAUAUUUUAUUGGUAUAACAAGAAAACGUUCCCUCCCUGUAUUUUUCUCGUCCCUUAUAUACUACUUCGUAUAUACAGGAUAACCUUGAAAAAUACGGAGGACACAAUAACAGAAAAAUAUGAAAAGAACAAAGGUUAGAACAUAGUUAUGGAUCAUGCUAAGUACGAGGAAAGGACAUACCAAGUAUGCUAUUCCAAAGUACAUAACUAUCGGAAAAGGGUAUUGUCAUUAUUCCUUUUAUGGAUAUGCAUGAGAAGAGAAUAUGUCCUUCCAAAGUAUACAUGCAAAACGGAGAAGGAUAUUAUAGUUAUUUCCCUUACGGAUGACAUUAUGUACGAGAGAAGGACAAACUAAUGGUAUCAUAGAAGGUUGGAGCAUUGCAUAUAUGUUGUGGUCAAAAUUAAAAUUCAGUCAAAUUUAAAAUUUGCCUAGUCAAAAUUGAAAUUUUAAUUUCGUCUUGACAAAAUUGAAAUUUUAAUUUUGUCCAAUAUGAUCUCAGUCAAAAUUCAAAUUUUAAUUUUGACCAGACAAAAUUAAAAUGUGUUUCUUAUGAAUAGGAAGUCUUAAAGAAAGAAAAACAAUUAAGAUAAAACAAAUCUCGUUUAUUUUACAAUUAGUGGCGUAACAAAGAUUUUUGUAUAUGUAAACGCUGGGUCUUAGUAAUCGAGCAUGGGAUUCAGAUAAAGUUUCUGGAGAAUGACAUUGGGUCCAAAUGAUCAUUUUUUAUCAAAAAGUUUUCUCGAUCAAAGUUUGCGGAAAAAAGUUUUCCCCUAUUCCUCAUCAACAUUUUUUUCCUCUCAAAACGAGAUACCGGGAUUUAUUCUUUCAGAAUUUAUUUCCUCUAUGGCUUUUAUUAAUUAUGAUAAUAUCUCAGCACACCCACACUCACCCUGUAUGUAUUAAGGAAUAGCGUGGGAUUUAUCCGAAAUGCUUAACGAUUUAUUGAAAAGUCCGAAUAAUCCCCAAAAAAAAUAAGUCCCGGUAGCUCUUGAGGUUUUCUGUUUCUCUCUAGUUCGGAGUCAAAACGGAAGUCUUGGUCUUCAGGAUCCUGUAAUUCAAGAUAGGAAGGUCAAAAACGAAAACGGCCGAUUUUACCUAUGAAGAAUAUUUUCAAGUAUCUAUAGUGAAAAUUUAAGCUCAAUCGAACAAAGUUAGAGGGGAACGAGUCAUACGCAGAUAGAUUCGAAGAAACUCAUAUUUUAUGCUAUGCUAAAUAAAAGAAAAAAGAAUUUUGUUACGAUUAGUAUGAAAAGUGAACUUCUUAAACUCAGUAACUUUGUAACAACAAGAUAUUUAGGGUCGAGAGAUGUGUUCAAUUUUACAGGAUACUUGGGACUAUCAUACCUUAUACCAAGCUCAAAACCAAGUUUUUAGUCAGAAAAAGAGAGAAUGGGUACCACAAACAGAAAUUAGCAAACAUUUAAUCAAACAUUCUUAUUAUUUGACUUUUAUUGUAUUAGAAAACAAUCAGAAUAGAAUCUGGUAGUUCAAACAAACUAAAUAUCGAUAGAUGAUGUCAGAAAUGUCGGUCAUUUUGGAUAUAUCGAUCAUUAGCUUAUUUAUCAUGAUUAAAGUAAGAUUAUUUUAGUUUUUCUUUCUUUUUGAUUUUAACAACAAAAAAAAAAUAUGAACAAGAGUUAAACAAAAUAACAAUCACACGGACAUAACAUGGAUGUUUUUCAAACAUACUCCUUUCACAUUACAAUGUAUGUUGAUAUUAAAAGAAGAAAACAAAAUAGAGUCUAUGAAAUGAUAUAAAAAAUACCGAAUAACAUGUUCCAAUUGCUCGGAUUUAAUGAUGACUGGGUCGUGAUGAUGCUCAAAUAAUAUUAUCAAGACAUAAUAUCAUUUCAACUGCUUUAGCUGCU